AUGGCUCCGUCGCAGCCCAAGUCGGGCCUCUUCGUGGGCAUCAACAAGGGCCACGUCGUCACCAAGCGCGAGCUGCCGCCGCGCCCGUCCGACCGCAAGGGGGUAAGGUUCUUCCACUCCUACAUCCGAGACAUAUCUAAAGGUACCAAGAGGGUGCAUUUCGUCAGGAACUUGAUCAGGGAGGUAGCUGGGUUUGCUCCGUAUGAGAAGCGUAUCACUGAGCUUCUCAAGGUUGGCAAGGACAAGCGUGCCCUGAAGGUGGCGAAGCGAAAGUUGGGUACCCACAAGAGGGCGAAGAAGAAGAGAGAGGAGAUGUCCAGUGUCCUCAGGAAGAUGAGGUCAAACGUCACAAAGUGA